CACACGGUGUCCCUUCCUCUCUCUCGGCUUCAGUUUACUGUAUGAUAUCUAUGUCUUUUUCCCUCUUCUUUAAUUUCUAAACCCUAACUAAAACCCUAAUCGAAAAAAUCAUGGAACCCGAAGAUCAAAUUUCAUCUCCGUCACCGUUAACUUCAAAUCUACCGGAACCGGUUCCACCAGGAGUCCCACCAUUCAUUCCUCCGAUCGCACCGCUCCCAAUCCGACCACCACCGCCAGCGCCACCGGCAACUUCCCUGAACAACGGACAAUCAAUGAAAAUAGACGACGACUCAGAUUCAGACAAUGAACAACAACAGGACGGUAAUGGUAAUGAAUACAUAGAAUCAGAAACAAGCAAACAGCAAAGAGAACGCCAACAGAAGGCAUUGCAAGAACUAUUGAUGAAGCGACGGGCAGCUGCGUUAGCUGUGCCGACUAACGACAAGGCGGUUCGUGCCCGUCUCCGGAGACUAGGGGAACCAAUUACGCUGUUCGGAGAACGGGAAAUGGAGAGGCGUGAUAGGCUGCGAAUGCUGAUGGCGAAACUGGAUUCAGAGGGACAGUUGGAGAAGCUUAUGAUUGCCCAUGAAGAAGAUGUGUUAGCUAGUGUUGCUGGUGCGGAUGAGCAGGAUGAGAUGAUGCUGGAGUAUCCGUUUUUUACGGAAGGAAGUAAGGCGUUGUUGGACGCGAGGGUUAGGAUUGCUAAGUAUAGUAUUGUUAAGGCUGCGUCAAGGAUUCAGAGGAUGAGGAGGAAAAGGGAUGACCCUGAUGAGGAUGUUGAUGCUGAGAUUGAUUGGGUGUUGAAUCAGGCUGGGAGAUUUGCUCUUGAUUGUAGUGAAAUUGGUGAUGAUAGACCCCUUUCUGGCUGUUCUUUUUCGAAUGAUGGGCAGCUUCUUGCUACUUGUUCUUUAACUGGAGUUGCUAAAUUAUGGAGCAUGCCUCAAGUAAAGAAGGUUUCUAACUUGAAGGGACACAAGGAGCGUGCAACUGAUGUUGUAUUUUCUCCUGUGCACAACCAUGUGGCUACUGCCUCAGCUGAUCGAACAGCAAGGUUGUGGAACACUGAUGGUUCAUGUCUCAGGACAUUCCAGGGCCAUCUGGAUCGUCUUGCCCGUAUUGCUUUUCAUCCCACGGGGCAGUAUUUGGGCACUACAAGCUUUGACAAGACUUGGAGACUGUGGGAUGUUGAGACGGGAGAGGAGUUGCUUCUGCAAGAAGGUCAUAGCCGGAGUGUAUAUGGGAUUGCAUUCCACCAUGAUGGUUCUUUGGCAGCAUCUGGCGGGUUAGAUGCACUUGCGCGUGUAUGGGACCUUCGUUCUGGAAAGAGCACAAUUGCUUUUCAAGGCCAUGUUAAGCCGGUUCUUGGUAUUAGUUUUUCACCAAAUGGAUAUCAUUUGGCGACGGGAGGUGAAGAUAAUACCUGUCGAAUAUGGGAUUUAAGGAAGAAAAAGUCGUUAUAUGUCAUACCAGCACACUCAAAUCUAAUAUCACAAGUGAAAUUUGAACCCCAGGAGGGCUACUACCUGGUCACAUCAUCUUAUGACAUGACUGCUAAGGUUUGGUCCGGCCGGGAUUUUAAGCCUGUCAAGACAUUAUCAGCGCAUGAAGCAAAAGUUACUUCUUUGGAUGUUGGUGCAGAUGGGCGGUAUAUUGCAACAGUCUCUCAUGAUCGAACCAUCAAGCUGUGGUGCAGCAGCAGUAAUGAAAAAGAGGCUAUGGAUGAAGACUAAGUUGCAUUGAACUUCCUGUAGAGAUAACUGUUGUCUAACUUUUCCGUAACUCCGAACCGUGUAUUAGUAGCCACUUAAGUGAGAGAUCAGUGUUAGUUAGUGUGCAAUUUAUAGGAGGGGAAGGAAAUAUGCCUAAUUAAAGUGUUGAUACUAAAUGGAAGGGCUGGCUGGUCAUGGAGAAAGAAGAAUUGCAAGCUAAAUUUUGCAGAUAGUUUGUGUACUUGUAUUGUAUAAGAUGUUACCAAUUCAAUGGUUUUAAGAGUAAUUGAUUUUGAGGGUCA